AUGAAGUUUGUUUUUAGCGUUAUGGAAGCCGGACUGAACGAUCGCAAAGAGCAGCUUUCACGCUGGCCGUCUUCGUCCAACGUAAUCUUUAAUCAGGCAGUAGUCGAAGGCGACGUGGCGAAGGUGAAAUUCUUAUUAAAAUACGGCGGAAACCAAAUUUCAGUCAACGAAAAAAACAAAUUUGGCUUGACACCGCUGCAGCAAAGCUGUCUCGAGGGAAACAUAAGACUUGUUAUGAUACUUCUGGAUCACGGCGCAGACAUAGAAGGAAAAGAUGACAAAGGAUGGACAGCUCUUCAUUUUGGGAUCAUUGCUGGCCAUUGUAAUAUUGUUAGUCUUCUUAUAGAAUCCUGCGCGGAUCUGACUUGCGUCGAUUGCAAGGGCCGCCUGCCAAUUGACCUCGCACAGAACGAAGACAUGUUAGUUUUGCUGGCAACAGCUAUGGAAAGCGCUGGAUAUAUAGAAACUGCCCGUUUGUAUUUUGAAAACUGGGGGUUGAGAUCGCCCCGUUCUGAUGCUCCGAUGUCGCCUUUGUCGCUUCAUGAAGAUAUGGAGAUUCCCGAAAUAGACACCGAUAUCGAAGUUUCUUUAAAAGAUCAGGUGAAAACAGACUUCAAAGAUAAAAAUAUCCAGGAACUUGUUGAUAAAACUUCUCUCGAUACACAGUUAGUGAAAUCACAGUAA